AUGGGAAACUUGGAUCUUGAAACUGUCAAGACUCCAGAUGAGAUGCUGAGGAAUUCAUACAACACAUUUUUCAACGCAAAAGUGAAGAAAUUCCUGAAGGACAAUCCAUCUUCAGGAGCCAUGCCGGGGAAUGUAUCUCCACAUGAAAACCCAGAGGAGUUGAAACCUGAGAAGGAAAGGGAUGCUACGUCUGUUGACCUAAACACGGACUUGCCUUCUCUCAACGGUAAACCAAAAGUUGAUGCCACAGACUUUCUGCAAGCAGCCAAACAGAGACAAAAGGGCAAUGUGCCAACUACAGAUGUCAAGGGUCUGGACUCCUCUGACACUCCAAAGCCCAUUGAGAGUACCACAGAAACAGCAGAAAAUCGCUUGAGUGCAGAGGUUGCUUUACCUCAAGUGGACAUAAAAGCACCUGAUGAAAUGAGUGGAGGUACUGAGUUGCCUGUAGUAGAUGUUGUUGCAAAGAGUCCAGAUAUAUCUGAAGUAGACCCUUCAGGUUUAAUGCCUACAGCACCUGACCACAACAUUUGCGUAGGUGUAGACAUGGCAGAGCCCAAUGCAAACGUCAAAACUGACACCGAUAUCAGUGCAUCUCCUCCAGUCGUUUUAAGGGGAAAAGAUCAUGUGCAAUCCACACUCGAUGUAAGUCUCCCAGUUCCUCACGCUGAAAGUCUAGAGACAACAGUUAAGUUGACUGAUGACAUGCAAGUUCCAAGUUCAACUAUAGAAAUAGAUGUUCUGCCUUCAGACACUAAUCCCCCAGAAGUUGAAUUCACACCACCUAAUACCGACAUUCAUAUCCCUUCAAAAAACAAAACCAAGUCAUCUAAGAGGAAGUCAAGAAGCAGGGUGAGAGCACCAGAACUUGAUUUAGAUUCACCCUCAGGUUAUGAAUAUAGCUCGACUGGCAUACCUGACCUGAAUCUUGACGUUCCCUCAGCAUACAAAUAUGUCCCAGAUGCCUCACCAGAUCUUAACCUUGAUGUACCCUCAGCGUAUAAUUACGUCCCAAAUGGUUUACCAGACCUAAAUGUCGAUAUGCCCUCCGCAUAUGAAUACACAUCAAGAAAACUUGCUCAGGAAAAGCCAACCUUGAUCAUAGCAAGUCCCAAAACUAAGAGAAGAAUCAAAGCCCCAGAUUUAAAAGGUGAAGUUUCUAUAGGUGACCUCUCAAUUCCCCAAGCUGAAAUUGGUCUGAACGUUCCUGACCUGGAAGCAGAUCUAAAAGUGCCUGAUAUUGGCACUCUGCCUAAAGCAUCUGCUCUGGACGCUGGUGGAGGAGUAAAGACAGGAAGUCUAAGUACCAAAACACCGAAAGUGACAGGUAGCAUUGAUAUGCCAAACCCCGGUGGGCACUUACCAAAAAUAGACUUCAAAGGCCCAGAAACUGACCUCAAUAUUCCAGAUGUAGACAUUGAUUCUCCAUCAGGAAAAUUCAAAAUGCCUAGAUUUAAAAUACCAAAAUUCAGUUUUUCUGGCUUAAAAUCACCAAAUGUGGCUCUAGAGGAAAAUCUGACGGCACCCGAUCUAAAGAUGCCCUCACCUAAAAUAGCAGCUAAAACACGUGGACCAACUUUCGACUCAAAUAUUCCAACAACCGACUGGAAAGGUCUAAAAGCUAUAAAGACCCCAAAGCUUGAAGGUCCUGAUUGUGAAAUAAAUCCACCAGGUCUUGAUGUUGCCGUUCCUGACAUAGACAUGCAUUUCGCAAAACCUGAUCUGAAUGGCCCAGACAUUGAUUCACCAAAUAUAAAUGUUGAUAUGCCCUCUGCUCCUUCUGGAAAACUGAAGAUGCCUAAAUUUGGCCUCUCAGGAACCUUACCGAAAGCACCUGAGGCCGACCUCAAGAUGCCAAGUAUGAAUGUCAGUGGACCAAAGAUUAAAGGAGAUUUCAGUGUCCCUGAUACAGACAUGCGUUUGGGAAAACCUCAUCUCAAAGGUCCUAAAUUAGAUCUAAAUUCCCCUGAUGUGAACAUUGGUGCCCCAUCAGGUACAUUAAAAAUGCCCAAAUUCAAAAUGCCAAAGUUUAGCCUUCCAGGGCUGAAGGGUCCAGAUGUUGGCAUAGAUGGAGAUCUUGAUGGACCAGAUCUCAGUGUUUCACCACCUAAAGUGGGAGCUGCAUUUGAUGAUCCUGAUGUGGAUAUUAAUGUACCAAGAGCUCAUUGGAGAGGUCCAAAAGCAGAUAUGACAGGCCCUGAUGUGGAUAUAGGUAAACCAUCUGGCAAAUUUAACUGGCCUACUUUUAAGAUGCCUGACUUUGGCCUUUCUGGACCAAAGGUUAAGGGGCCUGAUUGUGAUUUAAAGACUCCAGAUGUGGACUUCUCAGCUCCCAAGAUCAAAGGAGGAAUCAAAGCACCAAAAUUGAGAUCCCCAGAUGUCAAAUUGAAAAAUCCUAAUCUAGAUGUUAGUGUUCCUAAUGCUGAUUUAGAUAUGCCUUCUGGCAAACUCCCAAAACUUAAAGAACCCAAGAUAGAUCUCUCAGCUCCAGAUUUUGACUUUGAUGCUCCUUCUGGAAAACUGAAGAUGCCUAAAUUUGGUCUCUCAGGAACCUUACCGAAAGCACCUGAGGCCGACCUCAAGAUGCCAAGUAUGAAUGUCAGUGGACCAAAGAUUAAAGGAGAUUUCAAUGUCCCUGAUACAGACAUGAGUUUGGGAAAACCUCAUCUCAAAGGUCCUAAAAUAGAUCUAAAUUCCCCUGAUGUGAACAUUGGUGCCCCAUCAGGUACAUUAAAAAUGCCCAAAUUCAAAAUGCCAAAGUUUAGCCUUCCAGGGCUGAAGGGUCCAGAUGUUGGCAUAGAUGGAGAUCUUGAUGGACCAGAUCUCAGUGUUUCACCACCUAAAGUGGGAGCUGCAUUUGAUGAUCCUGAUGUGGGUAUUAAUGUACCAAGAGCUCAUUUGAAAGGCCCAAAAGCAGAUAUGACAGGCCCUGAUGUCGAUAUAGGUAAACCAUCUGGCAAAUUUAACUGGCCUACUUUUAAGAUGCCUGACUUUGGCCUUUCUGGACCAAAGGUUAAGGGGCCUGAUUGUGAUUUAAAGACUCCAGAUGUGGACUUCUCAGCUCCCAAGAUCAAAGGAGGAAUCAAAGCACCAAAAUUGAGAUCCCCAGAUGUCAAAUUGAAAAAUCCUAAUCUAGAUGUUAGUGUUCCUAAUGCUGAUUUAGAUAUGCCUUCUGGCAAACUCCCAAAACUUAAAGAACCCAAGAUAGAUCUCUCAGCUCCAGAUUUUGACUUUGAUGCUCCUUCUGGAAAACUGAAGAUGCCUAAAUUUGGUCUCUCAGGAACCUUACCGAAAGCACCUGAGGCCGACCUCAAGAUGCCAAGUAUGAAUGUCAGUGGACCAAAGAUUAAAGGAGAUUUCAAUGUCCCUGAUACAGACAUGAGUUUGGGAAAACCUCAUCUCAAAGGUCCUAAAAUAGAUCUAAAUUCCCCUGAUGUGAACAUUGGUGCCCCAUCAGGUACAUUAAAAAUGCCCAAAUUCAAAAUGCCAAAGUUUAGCCUUCCAGGGCUGAAGGGUCCAGAUGUUGGCAUAGAUGGAGAUCUUGAUGGACCAGAUCUCAGUGUUUCACCACCUAAAGUGGGAGCUGCAUUUGAUGAUCCUGAUGUGGGUAUUAAUGUACCAAGAGCUCAUUUGAAAGGCCCAAAAGCAGAUAUGACAGGCCCUGAUGUCGAUAUAGGUAAACCAUCUGGCAAAUUUAACUGGCCUACUUUUAAGAUGCCUGACUUUGGCCUUUCUGGACCAAAGGUUAAGGGGCCUGAUUGUGAUUUAAAGACUCCAGAUGUGGACUUCUCAGCUCCCAAGAUCAAAGGAGGAAUCAAAGCACCAAAAUUGAGAUCCCCAGAUGUCAAAUUGAAAAAUCCUAAUCUAGAUGUUAGUGUUCCUAAUGCUGAUUUAGAUAUGCCUUCUGGCAAACUCCCAAAACUUAAAAAACCCAAGAUAGAUCUCUCAGCUCCAGAUUUUGACUUUGAUGCUCCUUCUGGAAAACUGAAGAUGCCUAAAUUUGGUCUCUCAGGAACCUUACCGAAAGCACCUGAGGCCGACCUCAAGAUGCCAAGUAUGAAUGUCAGUGGACCAAAGAUUAAAGGAGAUUUCAAUGUCCCUGAUACAGACAUGAGUUUGGGAAAACCUCAUCUCAAAGGUCCUAAAAUAGAUCUAAAUUCCCCUGAUGUGAACAUUGGUGCCCCAUCAGGUACAUUAAAAAUGCCCAAAUUCAAAAUGCCAAAGUUUAGCCUUCCAGGGCUGAAGGGUCCAGAUGUUGGCAUAGAUGGAGAUCUUGAUGGACCAGAUCUCAGUGUUUCACCACCUAAAGUGGGAGCUGCAUUUGAUGAUCCUGAUGUGGGUAUUAAUGUACCAAGAGCUCAUUUGAAAGGCCCAAAAGCAGAUAUGACAGGCCCUGAUGUCGAUAUAGGUAAACUAUCUGGCAAAUUUAACUGGCCUACUUUUAAGAUGCCUGACUUUGGCCUUUCUGGACCAAAGGUUAAGGGGCCUGAUUGUGAUUUAAAGACUCCAGAUGUGGACUUCUCAGCUCCCAAGAUCAAAGGAGGAAUCAAAGCACCAAAAUUGAGAUCCCCAGAUGUCAAAUUGAAAAAUCCUAAUCUAGAUGUUAGUGUUCCUAAUGCUGAUUUAGAUAUGCCUUCUGGCAAACUCCCAAAACUUAAAAAACCCAAGAUAGAUCUCUCAGCUCCAGAUUUUGACUUUGAUGCUCCUUCUGGAAAACUGAAGAUGCCUAAAUUUGGUCUCUCAGGAACCUUACCGAAAGCACCUGAGGCCGACCUCAAGAUGCCAAGUAUGAAUGUCAGUGGACCAAAGAUUAAAGGAGAUUUCAAUGUCCCUGAUACAGACAUGCGUUUGGGAAAACCUCAUCUCAAAGGUCCUAAAUUAGAUCUAAAUUCCCCUGAUGUGAACAUUGGUGCCCCAUCAAGUACAUUAAAAAUGCCCAAAUUCAAAAUGCCAAAGUUUAGCCUUCCAGGACUGAAGGGUCCAGAGGUUGGCAUAGAUGGAGAUCUUGAUGGACCAGAUCUCAGUGUUUCACCACCUAAAGUGGGAGCUGCAUUUGAUGAUCCUGAUGUGGAUAUUAAUGUACCAAGAGCUCAUUGGAGAGGUCCAAAAGCAGAUAUGACAGGCCCUGAUGUGGAUAUAGGUAAACCAUCUGGCAAAUUUAACUGGCCUACUUUUAAGAUGCCUGACUUUGGCCUUUCUGGACCAAAGGUUAAGGGGCCUGAUUGUGAUUUAAAGACUCCAGAUGUGGACUUCUCAGCUCCCAAGAUCAAAGGAGGAAUCAAAGCACCAAAAUUGAGAUCCCCAGAUGUCAAAUUGAAAAAUCCUAAUCUAGAUGUUAGUGUUCCUAAUGCUGAUUUAGAUAUGCCUUCUGGCAAACUCCCAAAACUUAAAGAACCCAAGAUAGAUCUCUCAGCUCCAGAUUUUGACUUUGAUGCUCCUUCUGGAAAACUGAAGAUGCCUAAAUUUGGUCUCUCAGGAACCUUACCGAAAGCACCUGAGGCCGACCUCAAGAUGCCAAGUAUGAAUGUCAGUGGACCAAAGAUUAAAGGAGAUUUCAAUGUCCCUGAUACAGACAUGAGUUUGGGAAAACCUCAUCUCAAAGGUCCUAAAAUAGAUCUAAAUUCCCCUGAUGUGAACAUUGGUGCCCCAUCAGGUACAUUAAAAAUGCCCAAAUUCAAAAUGCCAAAGUUUAGCCUUCCAGGACUGAAGGGUCCAGAUGUUGGCAUAGAUGGAGAUCUUGAUGGACCAGAUCUCAGUGUUUCACCACCUAAAGUGGGAGCUGCAUUUGAUGAUCCUGAUGUGGAUAUUAAUGUACCAAGAGCUCAUUGGAGAGGUCCAAAAGCAGAUAUGACAGGCCCUGAUGUGGAUAUAGGUAAACCAUCUGGCAAAUUUAACUGGCCUACUUUUAAGAUGCCUGACUUUGGCCUUUCUGGACCAAAGGUUAAGGGGCCUGAUUGUGAUUUAAAGACUCCAGAUGUGGACUUCUCAGCUCCCAAGAUCAAGGGAGAAAUCAAAGCACCAAAAUUAAGAUCCCCAGAUGUCAAAUUGAAAAACCCUAAUCUAGAUGUUAGUGUUCCUAAUGCUGAUUUAGAUAUGCCUUCUGGCAAACUCCCAAAACUUAAAAAACCCAAGAUAGAUCUCUCAGCUCCAGAUUUUGACUUUGAUGCUCCUUCUGGAAAACUGAAGAUGCCUAAAUUUGGUCUCUCAGGAACCUUACCGAAAGCACCUGAGGCCGACCUCAAGAUGCCAAGUAUCGGCUAG